UCUCUCAAAUCAUAGAUUCUCCUUCUUUGGAGAUUUUCAUGAGGUUUGCAAAAUGAUAACCAUAUUUUUGACCUGGGGAAUUGUUUUAACAAUGUGCUGUUAUUUAUGGCUUAUUUUUGGAAUAAGGAGAAGGAGAAUGGGUGAACCACCUCUGGAGAAUGGGUUGAUUCCAUACCUAGGCUGUGCUCUGAAAUUUGGGGCCAAUCCUCUUGAGUUCCUCAGAGCAAAUCAAAGGAAACAUGGUCAUGUUUUUACCUGUAAACUAAUGGGAAAAUAUGUCCACUUCAUUACCAAUUCCUUGUCAUACCAUAAGGUGUUGUGCCAUGGAAAGUAUUUUGAUUGGAAAAAGUUUCACUUUACUACUUCUGCAAAGGCUUUUGGGCACAGAAGCAUUGAUCCAAGUGAUGGAAAUACCACUGAAAACAUAAACGACACUUUCAUCAAAACCCUGCAGGGUCAUGCCUUGAAUUCCCUCACAGAAACCAUGAUGGAAAACCUCCAACUUAUCCUGAGACCUCCAUUCCUUCUUAAAUCAAAGAGCACUGAGUGGGUGACGGAAGGGAUGUACUCCUUCUGCUACCGAGUGAUGUUUGAAGCUGGGUAUUUAACUCUGUUUGGCAGAGAUCUUACAAGUCAAGAUGCACAAAGUGCCCUUAUUCUAGAAAACCUUGACAACUUCAAGCAAUUUGACAAAGUCUUUCCAGCCCUGGCAGCAGGCCUCCCCAUUCAUGUGUUCAAGACGGCUUACCAAGCCCGGGAAAAACUGGCCGAGGGCUUGAGGCACGAGAACCUUCACAAGAGGGACCAGGUCUCAGAACUGAUCCGCCUGCGCAUGUUUUUGAAUGACACACUCUCCACCUUUGAUGACCUGGAGAAAGCCAAAACCCACCUCGCCAUCCUCUGGGCAUCACAAGCAAACACCAUUCCAGCGACUUUCUGGAGCUUAUUUCAAAUGAUCAGGAAUCCUGAAGCAAGGAAAGCAGCUACCGAAGAAGUGAAUAAAGCACUGGAAAAGGCUGGUCAAAGAAUCAGUUUUGAAGGCGAUCCUAUUUAUUUGAAUCAAAUGCAACUAAAUGACCUGCCAGUCCUAGAUAGCAUCAUCAAAGAAGCUCUGAGGCUUUCCAGUGCCUCCCUGAACAUUCGGACAGCUAAGGAGGAUUUCACUUUGCACCUGGAGGAAGGUUCCUAUAACAUCAGAAAAGAUGACAUCAUUGCUCUUUACCCACAAUUAAUGCAUUUAGAUCCAGAAAUCUACCCAGAUCCUUUGACUUUUAAAUAUGAUCGAUAUCUUGAUGAAAAUCRGAAGACAAAGACCACCUUCUACAGCAAUGGUGUCAAGUUAAAGUAUUACUACAUGCCCUUUGGAUCAGGAGCUACAAUAUGCCCUGGAAGAUUAUUUGCUGUCCAAGAAAUCAAGCAAUUUCUGAUUCUGAUGCUUUUAUAUUUUGAAAUAGAGCUUGUGGAGAGCCAUGUUAAAUGUCCCCCUUUGGACCAGUCCCGUGCAGGCCUUGGUAUUUUACCACCAUUAAAUGAUAUUGAUUUUAAAUAUAAACUUAAAUAUUUGUGAAUAUGUGGUCGGGAAAAGAGUACAUUAGAUGAUGUUAUAGGACUGCCUAGCACUGUCAUUGAAAACACCUUUUGGACAAAAACAUUUAGGGGUGAUGGAAGUUGUUUAGCACGUCCAGUCUGGUUC